AUGGACGAUGCCCGGAUGGUGCUUGAGACCCAGCAAGACCACGUUUCGAUCGUCAUCAGCGCGAUCACCGCCGUCGAAACGGUCUCCAUGACCUACGGUGAGGCAUAUCACUGCCAGAAUCUGAAACGUGGGCCCAGCACCAGCGAAAAUGUGGUGCUUCUCUCCGUCCUCACGGCCUGCCGCUACAGAGGUGCGGUCGAUGCUAGCAAAGAGAUAUUCGACUCGGUGGUUGCUGAGUACCGUGUCGAGCUCGGGCCAGAGCACUACGGGUGUGUCGUCGAUAUGUUGGGCCGAGCGGGGAGGUUGGAGGAGGCAGAGGAGCUCAUGCUACAGAUGGCAUCCGGACCUAGCAUCUCAGCUUUACAGAGCUUGCUUGGUGCCUGCCAAAUCCAUGGCAAUACCAGCAUCGCGGAGAGGGUCGCCAGCAUAGUCUGGUGCCUACGUGCUGCUGUCCAACAUCUCUGCUGA